CAACGUUUUAUUAUCAUUCUCACGAUAGAGCUCGAAGCGUGAAGUUGCGAUGGCCACCAACUACCAAAAUAACCCAGCCGUAGGAAAUUUUAUUGAAUACUUAAGGAUUCCAAGCGUGCAGCCAAAUAUUGAUUAUGGCAGGUGUGUCGAGUUCCUUCGAAAACAGGCCACAGAAAUUGGUCUAUCAAUAAAAAUCUAUGAAGUGGUAAAAACAAAGCCUAUCGUGGUUUUGACGUGGCUUGGGCAGGAUAUAUCACUUCCUUCAGUCCUGCUGAACUCGCAUAUGGACGUCGUACCCGUCUUUGAGAAUAGCUGGACGUAUCCACCCUUUAGCGGGCAUAUCGACAAAGAGGGCAAAAUUUUUGCCCGAGGGUCUCAAGACAUGAAGUGUGUUGGUAUUCAGUAUCUGGAAGCUAUUAGGAGGCUAAAAGAAUCAGGAGUAAACCUAAAGAGAACAUUACACAUCUCCUUUGUGCCAGAUGAGGAAAUCGGGGGACAUGAUGGCAUGGAAAAAUUUGUUCUGACUGAAGAUUUUAAGAAAUUAAACGUGGGAUUUGCUCUGGACGAAGGAAUGGCUAAUCCAACUGAAGAUUUUAUUAUUUUUAAUGGAGAAAGGAGCAUUUGGCAAACUCAUGUUCACUGCACUGGACAACCCGGUCACGGAUCUUUACUCAUACAUAACACUGCUGGUGAAAAGUUAAGGUACAUAAUCGAUAAGUUCAUGGAUUUGAGAGAGCAGCAAAAGAAAAUACUUGAAAGCGACUCGAAACUUACUAUUGGAGAUGUCACAACAGUAAAUCUGACUCAAAUAUACGGCGGAGUUCAGUCCAACGUGAUACCUGAAAAAUUGACAGUCGUUUUUGAUAUAAGACUGGCUGUUACAGUUGACCACACACAAUUUGAAAACAUGAUUAAAAGAUGGUGUAGCGAAGCGGGCGAUGGUGUAACUUUUGAAUUUGAACAAAAAAACCCUAACGUGGAAUGUACGAAACUGGAUGCUACAAAUCCAUUUUGGAUGGCAUUCAAAAGCGCUGCUGAUGAAAUGAAGUUGAAAUUAGAUUGCAGAAUUUUCCCAGGCGGCACCGACAGCCGUUACAUCCGACGCGUUGGGAUCCCGGCCCUCGGCUUCUCCCCCAUGAACAACACACCGGUGCUACUACACGACCACGACGAGUUUCUUAAGGCUGAUAUCUUUCUUAAAGGCAUCGACAUAUACGUAAAACUUAUUACUGCUGUUGCCAACGUAUAAACGAUAUGAUUGUAAUCUAAUCGUUAUCUUGAUGACACCAUGAGCACGAGCUCUGGCACGAGUCUUCCUCAGUCGAGUUAAAGAAAGAUAAUAUUUUUUUCUGAACUCUUUCAGAUUUCGAUUAUU